CCGCCAGGGGGCGCUGCGGCGGGGCGCGGUGACGUGAGCGGGGCGGGCUGGCGCGCGGCGGAAGAUGCUGAGCCGGCUGCAGGAGCUGCGCAGGGAGGAGGAGACGCUGCUGCGCGUGAAGGCGGCGCUGCGCGAGCAGCUCACGCGGCUCAGGGUGGAGGAGCUGGCCCUGCAGUCCAUGAUCCGGUCCAGAGAGGAGAAUGGGACCGUCCCUUCCUCCACAGCAGCAGAGGAGGUUCAGAAGACUCUUGGGCAGAUGGACAACGAGGCUGCCAUCAACCAAACCGAGUUACACUUAAGUCUUCAAGAUCAUGGAGAGGAGGAAGAGGAGGAGGAAUCAGAUUCUUGACGGAAGAAAACCUGAGAUGGUUUUCAUACAGACUCAGGAGUUUCUGCCUCAUUCAAACUCACCAUUUUGUCCUGUGCACAGAUACAAACUGCAGGACACGCAGGACAUGAGGUCUGGUGCAGUUACACUUGAACAUGCAAAUGUCAUGUCAUAGACAUUAAAAGAAUGAACAUUUGCCGUACAAACAUGUAGCGUAAUCCCUUCCCUAUUUAAAACCUAAUGUAGCUUACUGCAUCCGUGGCUGGGGCUUGGGAAAGUCAUUGAGUCAGACUAAUUUAACAUGUAUUGUGACCAGCAAGUUUGUUCUUAUUUCCUGAUGCUGAGAAAUGAAACCAGGCCACAGAGGCUGGUGCUGA